AUGGGGCGCAGUGUCAUAUGCAAUGACAAAUGCUUCACUGUUGAGGGCCGUUUUGCUGAAUACCAACGAGUCAAAGUGCCCCAAAAAAGAAAAAUGCCCAAACAACGUGGAAAGAGAACGCAGACAAGAAUGCGAAGUGGUAGACCAAGAGAGUACAUCAUAAGGGGGUUUGGCUUCGCUCUUCAGAUUUGGGCCUUUGAAGUGUUCCCAGCUUUGGAAGCAUUGCAUUUCACGGUCCAUGAAGACAAUAGGCACAUCCCUCGAAUAUUACAUUGGAGGAGCAACACGGUGGCCCGUUUUCGGGAGGUUAUGAGUCAGGUUUUUGAAAACUUUGAGGUUGAUGUGCAACUUCUCCGGCCAACAGAUAUUGAGAAGCAACAACCUUACUGGAGUUGGGGUGAUGAUGACAACGAAGAACCAAUGGUUGAAUUAUUUGGGGAUGAGGCCGAAGAAAAAACCGGCACUUCUAGUGAAGAAAAAGACGCGGAUGUUGAGGAAACAGCCACCCUUCCCUCCUCUUCUAAGGCCAAAAGGUCUGUUAAUGACGUUCGCAGUUUGAAGCAUCAAUUACGCAGCACUAAGGAUGAGUUGGCUAAGCUACGUAGUUCAAAUCGGGGGCUUAGGAACAGAGUUCGUGACUUGGAAGCUAUUGUACAGAAGAACUGUUUGAAGCAUGAGAACGAGUGUGACAGAAAUAAAAAGGCUAUUCGGGAUUUGACCCUAAAAAUUGCUGAAGUCGAACAUUAUUUGAAGUUGGAGACGGAGGAGUUAAAAAAAAAUUAUGGUGGAGAAGCCCAUGAGGAAGUCUGUACUGCCCAGAUGAAUGACGGAGGGCAGAAUGAUUUGUCACCCCUGAUGGAGUAG